GGCGGCGGCGGCGGGGAGAUCCAGCCGCUGCCCGCCCCGCAUCCCGCCGGCGGCGGCCCGCACCCGGGCUGCAGCUCGGCGGCGGCGGCCCCGAGCCUCCUGUUGCUGGACUACGACGGGUCGGUGCUGCCCUUCCUCGGGGGCCUGGGCGGGGGCUACCAGAAGACCCUCGUGCUGCUCACCUGGAUCCCGGCGCUGUUCAUCGGCUUCAGCCAGUUCUCGGACUCUUUCCUCUUGGACCAGCCGAACUUCUGGUGCCGCGGGGCCGGCAAAGGCGCGGAGCUGGCUGGGGUUACCGCCACGGGCCGGUGGGACGCCGGCGACGUGGCCAACUGGACCAGCCCCCCAACCACCCCCUUCUCCACUGCCUCCUGGGGGGCCGCGGGCAACCUUAGCAACGGCAGCGGCGCGGACGGGGGUGACACGCCACCCCUGCCGUCCCCUCCGGACAAGGGGGACAACGCCUCCAACUGCGACUGUCACUCGUGGGACUACGGCAUCCGCACAGGCCUCGUCCAAAACGUGGUCAGCAAGUGGGAUCUUGUGUGUGAUAAUGCCUGGAAGGUCCAUAUCGCUAAGUUCUCCUUACUGGUUGGAUUAAUCUUUGGCUACCUAAUAACUGGAUGCAUUGCUGACUGGGUCGGCCGGCGGCCUGUGCUCCUGUUUUCCGUCAUCUUCAUUCUGAUCUUUGGACUGACCGUGGCUCUGUCGGUGAAUGUCACCAUGUUCAGCACCCUCAGGUUCUUUGAAGGAUUCUGCCUGGCUGGAAUCAUUCUUACCUUGUAUGCAUUACGAAUAGAGUUGUGCCCGCCUGGAAAACGGUUCAUGAUCACGAUGGUGGCGAGCUUCGUGGCCAUGGCGGGGCAGUUCCUCAUGCCCGGGCUGGCCGCCCUGUGCCGGGACUGGCAGGUCCUACAGGCCCUCAUCAUCUGCCCCUUCCUGCUCAUGCUGCUCUAUUGGUCGAUAUUCCCCGAGUCCCUGCGGUGGCUGAUGGCUACCCAGCAGUAUGAGGCUGCAAAGAAGCUGAUUCUGCACUUCACACAGAAGAACUGCAUGAACCCCGAGAGUGACAUCAAAGGCGUGAUGCCCGAGCUGGAGAAGGAGCUUUCCCGGAGGCCCAAGAAGGUCUGCAUCGUGAAAGUGGUGGGAACCCGGAACCUGUGGAAAAACAUCGUGGUCCUGUGUGUGAACUCGCUGACGGGCUACGGGAUCCACCACUGCUUUGCACGGAGCAUGAUGGGCCACGAGGUGAAGGUGCCGCUCCUGGAGAACUUCUACGCCGACUACUACACCGUGGCCAGCAUCGCCCUGGCGUCCUGCCUGGCUAUGUGCGUGGUGGUCAGGCUCCUGGGGCGCAGGGGCGGGCUGCUGCUCUUCGUGAUCCUCACCGCCCUGGCCUCGCUCUUGCAGCUCGGCCUCCUGAACCUGAUUGGGAAAUACAGCCAGCAUCCAGACUCAGGUAUGAGUGAUAGUGUCAAGGACAAAUUCUCCAUCGCGUUUUCCAUCGUGGGCAUGUUCGCCUCCCACGCAGUGGGAAGCCUCAGCGUGUUCUUCUGUGCAGAGAUCACCCCCACGGUAAUCAGGUGCGGCGGGCUGGGGCUGGUGCUGGCCAGCGCGGGCUUCGGCAUGCUGACAGCGCCCAUCAUCGACCUGCACAACCAGAAAGGCUACUUCCUGCACCACAUCAUCUUUGCCUGCUGCACGCUCAUCUGCAUCAUCUGCAUCCUCCUGCUGCCCGAGAGCAGGAACCAGAACCUGCCCGAGAACAUCUCCAACGGGGAGCACUACACCCGGCAGCCGCUCCUGCCGCACAAGAAGGGGGAGCAGCCUCUCCUGCUCACCAACGCCGAGCUCAAGGACUACUCCGGCCUCCACGACGCGGCCACCGCAGGGGACGGGCUGCCCGAGAACACCACGGCCAAUGGCAUGAAGUCCAUGUAGCUCUGGGCGCGGCCCUCCCUGGAGGGGGCACCGUGGGCUCCAGGGGUGGGGGGCUGUCUGGGCACAGGUUUACAGACCAGGGACCGAAUACGUGGCUGGGGGUGCAGGAAAACCCAAUCCUGCUGCCGAUGCCGCGGAUCGCAAGACUGCCGACUGGGGUGGGGGAAUUCUGUCUUUCCAAAACUCUAAGGAUCGUGUGUGUGAGGAAGCAAACUCUUGGAAAAUCACCCUUCAGACUUUCUUUUCUGCCAUGAGAUGUUUGUAUUUAUUUCGGUCAUUUUUACGAGAAGCACUUUAUUCCCUUUCAUCCUCUGACUGGUCUCGAAACAGAACCGCCUCCUUCGGAAGAGGGACACGGUGGCCGAGGAGGACGCCGUAAGUAGCCAGUGCGGCGGCCCUGGAGGUCACACGCCGUCCUCGCCCUGCACCCCACAGAGGAGCCAGGGGUCCCUCACUCUGGGCCCGCGCCCCCCAAGGCCGCCUGUGUGCGGACAGACUGACCUGUCGUGGAGUGUCUCCACGACCGCAUUGUAGGCAGCGCGAAAUGUAAAUGAUUAGGUUUUUGCUAGAGCGUCUGCGUAUGGUUUUUAAAGGGGUUUUUGUGUGUGUGCGUUUGUGAGGUAAGAGCUUCUGUUCCAUGUGUGGGGGGAAAGCAGCUCCCAAUAUCAUUAAAACCAGCUUAGUCUUUCCUUCGAGAUCAUCCUUUUGUACUUGAUGCUGGAAGCUCCUUGGGGGAAAGUGUAAACAUUUCACCAGAAAUCCUAAGUAACGAGUGGUACUAAGGCCACGGUUUGCCGACACGGGUUCGCCUGGCCGAGCUCACGACGAGCAAGGGUGUGGAGAGGUGAGGCGCGGUCACGUCAUUAAUACUCCUUCCCGGGUUUAGCUCCAGCAGGAAAGUCCCCUCUGUCACACUCAGCUUCCUCGCCAGCAUAACCUGAACACGUGGCUGCUUUCUGAACUGAAAACCGACAGGAAACUAACAGACACAGGCCAUUGAGGCAAACCCACA